CGCCCCGCCGCAGCCCCCCCUCUGCCGAACCUCACCCCCCGGCACCGGCAGCUCAUCCCCACGCCCUGCGGCCCCAUAAAACCUUGUUCAGAGCUAUCAUUUCCUGUGAAGAUCUACUUCUGUGUCACUAUUUUGUCUCUGCUAAGUGUGAUAGGGCUAACCGUAGAGACACUCGUUCGACAAACUGAGGAAGAUUUCACCAUUUCUCUUAUUCAGUUAAUUGGAGUUGUGUUCUGUGUAUACUAUGUGACUAGAGGAAUCCUGCAGGAGAAUCGCCAGGAGCUCAUCGUCUUUGUUCUUUCCAUCUUGCUAGUGAUGUUUCGUUCCAUUGUCAACUUCACAGUUCUCUCUGCUGAGCAAAAGCCAAAACUCCUGGCCCGCUUCAUUCUGAUCCUUUUGGUUGGCUCCUUUGAUGUGAUCUGUGCCAUCAUCCUCAUUCAGAGUCAAAGCAUGAUGGCCUUUCGAGUGGGUGGUGCUCUAGAAAGCCUACAGUCACAAUACUUCAUGCUGAACCUCUGUUUUUCCAUGUUGACCUUUGAUCUUCAGGCACAGCUCUGCUUGUGUGUUCUGCUGAUAAGCCUGCAUGAGAUCACCCUUCUACAUAACAUCAUCUCGGCAACAGGGGUCCUUUGGGCCUGCCUGAAGGUGACCAUUAGCAUCAUCGCAAUCUUAAAAGAACUGAAACCUCUGGUGUGGAUUUUUCUGGGUCAGAAUAUACCUGAAGUAGUUUAUCUCAUCUACCUGCUUUACACGGUGAUAAGGGAGUGGGGCAAAGGAAAUUCUUACACUCUGGAAGCUGCUUUCAUUACCGGCUCUUGCAUUUCUGUUGCAAUAAAAUCUGUUUUGUUUUGGGCACUGAUUCAUGUCUACCGCAGCUUUGGGCAGGGGCUGAGAGAAAGAAUGUUUUCUUCCUAUGGAAGGAUCGACUCCUGAGCAUCCCCCUUGUGUUCUAUCUGCAGCUCUUACAGAGUGAAAUUGUAGCCGGGGAA